AUGGCCAAGAAACGGGCAAAAUCGCCUGACGAAGAUUCAGAUGAUGCUGAUGACGCGUCUGAUGAAGAAGUCCAGAUCGUGACAAAGAAGCGCAAACCUCAAGUAAAGAAAGAAAAGGAGUUUAAAGAACCAUAUCCAAGCACUGUGCAUAAGGUAUUCACCAGAUUGCCUGCUACUCAACGUGUUUCGGAGCGAGAAAUAUGGUCGCCCCACGCGAUGCAAUUGUGGAAGAAGCAGCUAUAUGUGUCAAGACUCGAACGAUUCAGGAUUGCUCGCACGGCUGCCUUCUUUGAUCGACGAGUGACUUGUAUAGAAUGGCAUCCUUCGUACCCGAACAUCGUUGCUCUAGCUUCAAAAGGAGGCGAUAUAGUGUGGUUUGAUGCUGAAGGAAAAGACAGUAGCCAUCGUGGUUAUUCUUUUAUGAGCGAGCCUCGUAGAAGGGAACGUAAUGCUGACGAUGACGAAGAAGAUUUACCUCCAGAGCUCCCGUUUCUCUACGGAACGGGUAAAGGAGGCUCCAUCACUGCUAUGCGAUUCCAUCCCAAUCUCCCCAACUUCAUCUUCACCAGCAGUAUCGAUGGGUGCGUUAAACGCCAAGACUUUGAAGGAAGGGCGUCGGCUUUCUUCUUGGACACAAUGGACAGAGAAAAAUGGUGGACGGGUCUCGACAUAACCGAUCGCUCACUGAUUGUUGGCAAAACUACUGGAGAGGCCGCGAUAACAGAUUUUGAUGGAGGUGUUUUGUGGAGUGGUAAACUUCACAAGGGCAAGAUUCAGCAUAUAGAAGUCCAUCCGACUCAGCCACACAUCUUUGUCAGUGCCGGGAAUGACAAAGCUGUGCGGAUUUGGGACAUAAGACAACUUCGUCAGCAUCCGCAAGAUGGUGCAAUUGUUCCCCUCCAAACUCUUCCUCAUAAUGGAAAUCUCAACUGCGCAACCUUCUCGCCGGUUGCUCCAUAUACCCUAUUGACGACAAGCCAAGACAGUCAGAUCAGACUAUACUCAUCUGAUUCGUCUGCUGGUUCAACACCAUUAGCAAUACUACGUCAUCCUCAUCGACCUUUUCAACAUAUUACCGCUAUUGCUGCUUCAUGGCAUCCUUCAAUCAACGGGAUCUUUACCAUUGGACGAUAUCCAGAAGACACAGGUGACCGACGAACUGUAGAUGUAUACCAUUAUUCAGACGUUACAGGCAAUGCCGAUAUUGUCUCUAGGAUGGAGGACCCGCGGGUCACGGGGAUACACUGCAUAGCCAAAUUCAAUAAGACUGGUGAUACGCUCUCAACCUGUAGUGGGUUCACCACGUAUCUGUGGAGACACUCGGAUGACAAGUCACUUCCCACAGGCCGAAAUCGAGGGAAUGGUGGUGGUGGGAAUGAUGACGACGACGAUGGAGAUGCGAAUGAGAGGCCAAAUUGUGGUGGUAAGAAGAAGAAACCGUCAGGCAAGGCUGCGGUGUCCAAAGAUUUUGGCCGCAAAAACAAAAAGACGGUUGCCCGUUGA